CCCAGCAUCGGCGUAGGUAGGCGUCCUCGUACGCAGAAAGCAGGUUCGUCCCUUCCGUCAAGGUUUCAUACCUGCCCAAUCGAGCAGAGGAGCCGUGUGGGAGGUGUGAGCGACUCCGAACACUAUGCACGGGAUCAAUAGUCCGCUGAUUGUGUUGAUCGCGUGCACGCAUUUAUAAGGUGAGGUCCUUCCUUUCCGAUUCUAGCGCUACAGGUAAGGUGGACACACGGCGGAGAGAUAGUGGGGAUCGCCAGCGGCCUGCUUUUCACGACGUGACGCAAGUGCAAGCCAAGGGGCGAACGGCAGGAGAACAAAGAAUCUAGCAAGACCGAGCAGGGUGGAAGCCGGUGAUAAUGAGGCGGUCCGAGGCGUCCAUUACACAAAAGAUGUCCAUAGCAAGAGGUACUUCCCAAACUAGAAUGCUGGCAUGGGCGGUAAGCCCCGCUGGCUUGCAAGAUCGCUUUAGCAUCAUGAUCGGCAAGGACUUCCAUCUGGAUAGUGCAUUUUGAGAUAAGAGCUCGCGGUGAACUGGUAAGCGGACUACCACGGCUAGCAGAUGCUUGAGGUGAGUAGUCGGUUUUCGGGGGAUGUCUGAUAAGGCUCCCUACCGUCUGCGAGCAAUCAGCGUGUUGCAUGUCGAUAGGACUUACACCAACCCUGCAUUGCAGGACGGCAGGUGUCCCGGGUAACAACCUCGACCCAUCAAGUCU